UCUCCGCCUGUCCCGCCUGUCCGAGUUGACGAUCCUUCCCAUUGGCCUCUCCGUUCUCAGUCCCUGCAGUUCCUCUGCCCCAAGAUGGGCCGCGGGGCUGGUCGAGAGUACUCACCUGCCGCCACCACCACAGAAAAUGGGGGCGGCAAGAAGAAGCAAAAAGAGAAGGAAUUGGAUGAAUUGAAGAAGGAAGUGGCCAUGGAUGACCACAAGCUAUCCCUGGAUGAGUUGGGUCGAAAGUAUCAGGUAGACCUGUCCAAGGGCCUCACCAACCAGCGAGCCCAGGAUAUCUUGGCCCGGGAUGGACCCAACGCUCUCACUCCACCACCCACCACCCCAGAAUGGGUCAAAUUCUGUCGACAACUCUUUGGGGGCUUCUCCAUCCUGCUCUGGAUUGGGGCUCUGCUCUGCUUCCUGGCCUAUGGCAUCCAGGCAGCCAUGGAAGAUGAGCCAUCCAAUGACAAUCUAUACCUGGGUGUGGUCCUGGCAGCUGUGGUCAUUGUCACUGGCUGUUUCUCCUACUAUCAGGAGGCCAAGAGCUCCAAGAUCAUGGAUUCCUUCAAGAACAUGGUGCCACAGCAAGCUCUGGUGGUUCGAGAGGGUGAGAAAAUGCAGAUCAAUGCAGAGGAGGUGGUGGUAGGAGACCUGGUGGAAGUGAAGGGUGGAGAUCGUGUCCCAGCUGACCUCCGGAUCAUCUCUUCUCAUGGGUGCAAGGUGGACAAUUCAUCCCUGACAGGCGAAUCAGAACCACAGACCCGUUCCCCUGAGUUUACCCAUGAGAAUCCCUUGGAGACCCGAAAUAUCUGCUUCUUCUCCACCAACUGUGUGGAAGGUGCCUUCUCCUUGAAUGCAGGCACAGCCCGGGGCAUCGUGAUAGCUACAGGUGACCGGACUGUGAUGGGCAGAAUAGCCACUCUGGCUUCAGGCCUGGAGGUUGGUCGAACACCUAUUGCCAUGGAGAUCGAGCACUUUAUCCAACUGAUCACUGGAGUGGCUGUCUUCCUCGGUGUCUCCUUCUUCGUUCUCUCCCUCAUCCUGGGCUACAGCUGGCUAGAGGCCGUCAUCUUCCUCAUUGGCAUCAUUGUGGCCAAUGUGCCAGAGGGGCUCCUGGCUACCGUCACCGUGUGUCUAACCCUGACAGCCAAGCGAAUGGCUCGGAAGAACUGUCUGGUGAAGAACCUUGAGGCUGUGGAGACCUUGGGAUCCACCUCCACCAUCUGCUCAGACAAGACAGGCACCCUCACCCAGAACCGGAUGACUGUGGCUCACAUGUGGUUUGACAACCAGAUCCAUGAGGCUGAUACCACUGAAGACCAGUCUGGUGCCACGUUUGACAAACGUUCUCCCACCUGGACUGCUUUGUCUCGAAUUGCUGGACUCUGCAACCGUGCAGUCUUCAAGGCUGGGCAGGAGAACAUCUCAGUAUCUAAGCGGGAUACAGCUGGCGAUGCCUCCGAGUCUGCUCUGCUCAAGUGUAUUGAGCUAUCAUGUGGCUCCGUCAGGAAGAUGAGGGAAAGGAACCCCAAAGUGGCUGAAAUACCCUUCAACUCCACCAACAAGUACCAGCUGUCCAUCCAUGAGCGGGAAGACAGUCCCCAGAGCCAUGUGCUGGUGAUGAAGGGAGCUCCGGAGAGGAUUCUGGACCGAUGCUCCUCCAUCCUUGUCCAGGGCAAGGAGAUUCCUCUGGACAAGGAGAUGCAAGAUGCCUUCCAAAAUGCCUACAUGGAGCUGGGAGGACUGGGGGAGCGUGUGCUCGGGUUUUGCCACCUCAACCUACCCGCUGCGAAAUUCCCUCGGGGCUUCAAGUUUGAUACUGAUGAGCUGAACUUCCCCACAGAAAAGCUCUGCUUUGUGGGGCUCAUGUCCAUGAUUGACCCUCCCCGGGCAGCUGUGCCUGAUGCUGUGGGCAAGUGCAGAAGUGCGGGAAUCAAGGUGAUUAUGGUGACUGGGGACCAUCCUAUCACAGCAAAAGCCAUCGCCAAGGGUGUGGGCAUCAUCUCGGAGGGUAAUGAGACAGUGGAAGACAUUGCUGCUCGGCUCAAUAUCCCUGUCAGCCAGGUCAAUCCUAGGGAAGCCAAGGCCUGUGUGGUACAUGGAUCUGAUCUGAAGGACAUGACAUCAGAGCAGCUGGAUGAGAUCCUCAAGAAUCACACAGAGAUCGUCUUUGCUCGAACUUCUCCACAACAGAAGCUCAUCAUUGUGGAGGGAUGUCAGAGACAGGGUGCCAUCGUGGCAGUAACAGGUGAUGGCGUGAAUGACUCUCCUGCCCUGAAGAAGGCCGACAUUGGCAUUGCCAUGGGCAUCUCUGGUUCUGAUGUAUCCAAGCAGGCAGCUGAUAUGAUCUUACUAGAUGACAACUUUGCUUCCAUUGUCACUGGUGUGGAGGAGGGUCGCCUGAUCUUUGACAACCUGAAGAAGUCCAUUGCCUACACUCUGACCAGUAACAUCCCAGAGAUCACUCCUUUCCUUCUCUUUAUCAUUGCCAAUAUUCCCCUGCCUCUGGGCACCGUGACAAUCCUUUGCAUUGACCUGGGCACUGACAUGGUACCAGCUAUCUCCUUGGCCUAUGAAGCAGCUGAAAGCGACAUCAUGAAACGCCAGCCUCGGAACCCACAGACGGACAAGCUGGUGAAUGAGAGGCUCAUCAGUAUGGCCUAUGGUCAAAUUGGGAUGAUCCAGGCAUUGGGUGGCUUUUUUACCUACUUUGUGAUUCUGGCGGAGAAUGGUUUCCUGCCCUCACGGCUCCUGGGCAUCCGACUUGAUUGGGACGAUCGCUCUAAGAAUGAUCUGGAGGAUAGCUAUGGACAAGAGUGGACCUACGAGCAGCGGAAGGUGGUAGAGUUCACAUGCCACACAGCCUUCUUUGCCAGCAUCGUAGUUGUCCAAUGGGCUGAUCUCAUCAUCUGCAAGACCCGCCGUAAUUCUGUCUUUCAGCAGGGCAUGAAGUGAGCUCCUCACCACAAAGCCCAUCCCAGUUCCCCUGUCCUGUCAUGAUCCUACAACCUUGAUUCAUCCUG